CAAACUGACGCGGACUGGCUCGUGAGCCGUCCGGAUCCCAACCACGUCUACUCCGCCAAGGUGAUGCUGCUGGCCGUGAGCUCGCUCGAAGAGCUGUACCACAAGUGCUGCGGCCUGGCGGAGGACGCGGCCGAAGUGCGCGAGGACUUUAUUCAUCCGACGCGCCUAAUCAGCUUCCUCGUGGGGCUGCGCGGCCGCACGGAGGCCAUGCCCAUCGGUGGUGCGUGGUCGCCGGAGCUCGACGGACCAAACCCGGAAGCGAACCCACAGACUCUCAUCAACACGGCCGUCAGGACCUGCCGAUGUCUCACGGGGAUCGACCUCAGUCUAUGCUCACAGUGGUACCGCCUGAUGGAGGUGAAGUACCACCGGCCGGAGGAGACGCACAAAGGGCGCGUUGUGCCCGCACGUGUUGAAACAGUCGUCAUUUUCUUGCCAGAUGUUUGGAGUUGUAUGCCGUCGCGCCUCGAGUGGAUCAACACGUGCUCCGCCUACAAGCGGCGCCAGAGCGGCGGCGGCGGCGACGACGACGACAAGGAUGUCACUGCUUCACAGGGGGAGGUGCAGUGCGUCGAUCCAGCACACUGGUCAGAUGUCGAUCCCAAGCUUCUGAAGGUUUCUGAGCUUCGCAGAGAGCUGGACCUGCGCAACCUCAGCAGCAAGGGCUUGAAGUCGCAGCUCGUUGCCCGUCUAACGAAGGCCGCGCGUGCCGAGCAGGAGGAGGAGGAGAGCGACGCGAAGGCAAACGGGGAGAAGGUCGAGGAAGAGGAGGAGAAGAUGGAGGAGGAGGCCAAAGAGGAGAAGGAGGAGGAGGAGAAGAAGGUGGAGGUUGAGUUGCCAGAGAACCCGGUCAUCAUGGUGCAUCCGUCGCGCACGGCCAAGGGAGGCAAGUUUGACUGUACGGUGAUGUCUCUCAGUGUUCUGCUGGAUUACCGCCAGGAGGACAACAAAGAACACUCGUUCGAGGUGUCACUGUUUGCUGAAAUGUUCAAUGAGAUGCUUGUUCGAGAUUUCGGCUUCAAGAUUUAUAAGUUGCUGAUGGGCCUACCGGAGAAGGAAGAAGAGGAUAGAGACAAGAGGAAAAAAGACAAGAAGGACGAUAAGAAAGAUGACGACGAAAAGAAAGACAAGGAGGAAAAACGAAAAGAUGAUAAGGAUAAAGACGAUAAGGAGGAGGAUAAGGAUAAAGACGAUGAUAAAGACGAUGAUGACGAUGAACCACACCGGCUACCUCCUAGACAAGGACCUUGAAGACAUCAUCUACAUGCUGGGCCUGCACCUGUCACGCGCUCAGAUCAAGCGUCUGCUGCUGAAGGUGGUCACGCGCGACACACUCAACUACCGCAAGCUCACCGACAAGCCACGCUCCAGCAAGGACGCCGUCGCGGAAACGAAAGAGAACGGAGACGACGAUGAGAUGAUCGUCGACACGGCUGUCGAGGAGCUCGCCGCCGGAAAUCUUCUGCUGAUGAAGCAGACGAUGGCUGGCGGUGGCGACCCGACCUCGGCCGCGACCUCUGCCUCAAAGUCUCGUGUGGGCGAGGCGGGAGGUGCCGCCGCUGCGGGCGCCGGCGCCGAUAACUGGGUGAUGUACCGCGGGUCUCUGCUCGACGUCGAAAACCUGCUACAGCGGCUCGAGCGCAGUGAACGCAACCGCAAGGCCACCGAGGAGAAGCUACAGGACAGGGAGCACGAAGUCGAGCGUCUGCAGACGAGCGUCGGCGAGCAGACGGACGCGAGCCGCACGCUCACCGCCGAGCUGAAGAAGACGCAGAAGAAGCUGGCGGGCGUCGAGCAGCAGCAGCGGCAGGCCGAGGGCCAGCGGCACACGUACUACGACACGCUCGCGCAGAGUCGGCACGCGCUCACCACGCUGCUCAGCAACAUCUCGCUCGCCGUCGAGACGAGCGAAUGUGAGGGAACUGAGGAAGUUGAGGGCAAAUCAAGUCGAGCCGUAAAGCAGGAGCCAGGCACUGAAGCCAAAGUCAAGGAUGAGAGCAAGAAUAAUUAGUUGAUUCCCCCAACAUACACACACACGCAGACACGCACACAUGCACACACACGCACACAGAUAAAACGAGAGCUCAUCAUGGCAAUUCUGUGCAAGGUGGACUCGACGAUGAUUAGACUUGGUCGUAUUGAUGUUCCUACAAUGUCAUUCGCACGCACAACACACACGUUUCUUUCCUGAAAGGAGAAGCCGAUAUACCUCCGACCCGUAACAAAACGAGGCCAAAAGCUUUUCGCGGAUCCACGAAUAGCGUGGGGUGCUCGCGGCAGAGUCAACGAGAUGAGGCGGGGCAAGCGGACGCAGCUACCGCGCGCGAUCGUGGGCAUUGUGUGAUGCGUGGCGCCACCUUUUUACUCGUGUUAGGUGAGAACGCCACCACGAAACAUAGCGGCAGCCGCAUUCUGCGUCGCCGCAAGCAUUCCACGCCACCGUGGCACCACGUGUUGUCAGCGCCACCUAUACACCCGACCCGCACACAUGCCAUGUAGAGUGAUUUUAUCUCGACGCGGAAACGAAUGCUACGGAACUAUUUUUUCUACUUUUUUACAAUAUUUCUUUUUGCCUCCGCCGCAAGACGGCCGUGGUGCACGUACGAUCACCAAAUACGUGUUAAUGUGAACGAUGCGAUGUUGGGUCAAGCGAUGAGAACCUCCUAGGGUCAUGCAACAAGCUCUUCCUAUGGUCCCCGGAUGAGCUCUUUCCUUGUUCAAGAGAUGAGCACUUCGUUGGGGAUAUUGGACUUAUUAGGAUUGUGGGACAAUCAUUUCUUGGGGUCAUUAGGAAAAGCACUUCUUGGGGUCACGGGUCAAACACCUCCUUGGUCACGGGACGAGCAAUUCCUGGGGGCACAGGAUGAGCAUUUCCUGGGGGCACAGGAUGAGCAUUUCCUGGGGGCACAGGAUGAGCAUUUCCUGGGGGCACAGGACGAGCAUUUCCUGGGGGCACAGGAUGAGCAUUUCCUGGGGGCACAGGAUGAGCAUUUCUUGGGGGCACGUAAUGAGCCCUACCUAGAAUCGUGGGGUAACGUGACGAGCAACGUUCCUGCAAUCCCAGGAUGAGUAGUUCGGAGGUCUUCCGAGGGGAUGUGUGACAUCGCUAUCUAUGGCCACUCGUUCCCCCGUAUGAAUUCGUCUCGUAUCGGUCAGCUGGGACGUCACGUAUCAUGUGUGUCACAUUGUCUUUGGUGUCACACCGUAUCUGGUGUCACACACACCGUCUCUCAGGACUGUUGUCAGAAACCAAAUACGUAUGACAUUUCAGACUUACGAUAGUCAUAAUCGUUUAUGAUCAUUCUGGCAACGGGCCCUGGUGUUUCGUCGUUAGUACAUAUUACCCUUGAAACACAGGGUCACUGGCAGAAACUUAGUGAUGUCCCACACGUGUGAUCUGUGUGUAUGUGUAUGUGUGCGUGCACGCGCGUGUGUUCUGCCUUAUCAGAGGCAAUGUGAGGCUCGGAAUUGGCACAUAGCUGCCGCGGUAUAUACGCACCUAAUGCACCUAACGUGAAACGUGCUUGUAAAUACUUGUGUAACGAGUAAUAUACGUCCGAUCAAAGGGGGGUUAGGCAACAACGUCGUCUCCGGUGUUUGUCAACGUUGGAAUUGGACGGUUGAACACGUCGAAUCGGUCUGCGAGCAAUAGACACAUGGAAUCGCACGAAGGUUAAUACCCCGUACAGACUGCAAAAUUUGAUAUGGUAUUAAACUGGCGCGUGUCAGGCGCCAAAUUGUAGUGUACGCACUGCGUAUUUGAUCCUUCAUGAAAUUUGGCGUGCGCCUGACCCGCACCAGUUUAAUACCAUGUCAAAUUUGCAGUCUGUACGGGGUAUGAUAUUGCUUAUCGGUGCACCCCCGAGGACGAUAGACAUCGGUUGCCGCGUUAGCCGUGGCUUCCGCUAGUAAGUCAGGAUCAUGUUUAUCCCCUAGAGUUGAGAAUAGUGCGUGUGUCACUAUCGCUAUAGAGCGUGACAGCUGCAGAAGACGAUGAUAAUCAAUGAAUGAAUGGUUGGUGUUGGUGUGUCGCAACUGCACAAGUACACGCGGCUGUGACAUGUAGAGGUCGCCGGUGUCACUCCUCGCGGCUGUGAGAUGUAAGAGGUGCCAGUGUCGCUCCAUGUAGUGGUAAGAUGCAGAGAGCGUCUGUGUUGCUCCAGGCAGGAGUGAGAUGCAGAGAGCGUCUGUGUUGCUCCAGGCAGGAGUGAGAUGCAGAGAGCGUCUGUGUUGGUGAGCGCGGCAGUGAGUUGUAGGGAGCGCCAGUGUUGGUCUGCGCAGUGGUGAGACGCAUGCAGUGGGCGUGUUAGUAUAAUUGGCAUCGUGAAUUUAAAGUCGUGCGUGUGAGUUUGUCUGUAGUUUACCAAUUCAGUUUUUUUAAAUAAUAAAACUUAGAAUGAAGAUGACA